UGUCAGACUACCGCUGGAGUUCGCAGUUUCAAUUGCUAUGCCUGCUACUGAGAGAUAAAGUGAGAGGAAUACGGACCUAAACCUCACAGGAACAGCGGUAUAACGUGUGUAUGUUAACGACAGAGUUGUACCAGUGAGAAGUAAAAUGUUUUCUUUGACCGCCCAGCCACAGGUGACUGUACCUCUUAGCCACCUCAUCAAUGUCCUCCACUCUAUGAAGACCUCAGUGGGAAGCAGCAGCAGUGCCACCUGCACCUCAAGAAAACACAAGGAGCAUGCCUCAGACUCAGAUCUCCACUGCACAGAGCCCAUGUGGAACCUGCGUGAGCUUGGCUUAUCAGACCUGGGAGCACAACAGCUGAAUGAAGUGGUGAACCGUGUAUUGCCACGCUUGAGUCCACAGGAGGUGUCGCUUUCACUGAGCGGACAGACAGCGUGGAGGACCUCACAUCUUUCCACACACUCCUUUUUCUGCAAUAAGCAUGGCUUCUCAUAUGGUGCAAUGCCCAUGCCCAUUAUUUCCAGGCAGCACCCUUCACCUCUUCAGACUGUCAGUGCAGAUCUACAAUACUGGCCAGUGUGGGUCCAGAGCAGAGGCUUUAAAACGUUAAGGAGCAAAACCAGACGACUGCAGUCAGCCCCUGAGCGCCCCCUGGAAUCUGAAGGGUUCACACCAUCUUUUAUGAGGGGUUUCCUCACACGUGACAAGGGGAUUGAAGUUGAAAGUCUAGACAGCCUGUUGAAGAACAAGAACAUACCUGAUGGACAGCAGGAUUCUUUCAAGAGGGGCUUCGCUGAGGGUUUCCUGAAAGCUCAAGCCUUGACACAACGCACACAAGACUCUCUCAGGAGGACUCGUCUCAUCCUGCUGGUGCUGCUUCUUGUUGGGCUGUAUGGUAUCUCCAAGACCCCCUUCAUAUCGGUGCGGUUCCGAACCACAUCAGGCCUGGACUCAGCAGUGGACCCUGUCCAAAUGAAAAACGUGACAUUUGAGCAUGUCAAAGGGGUAGAAGAAGCUAAGAAUGAGCUGCAGGAAGUGGUGGAGUUCCUGAAAAACCCACAGAAGUUCACAGCCUUGGGAGGAAAGCUGCCAAAAGGUGUUCUACUGGUUGGCCCUCCAGGAACUGGAAAGACUCUCCUGGCAAGAGCGGUGGCAGGAGAGGCAGAUGUGCCAUUCUACUACGCCUCCGGGUCUGAGUUUGACGAGAUGUUUGUCGGAGUGGGAGCCAGCCGCAUCAGGAACCUUUUUAGGGAGGCGAAAGCCAAUGCUCCAUGUGUGAUCUUCAUUGAUGAACUGGACAGUGUUGGUGGGAAAAGGAUUGAGUCUCCUAUGCACCCUUACUCCAGACAGACUAUCAACCAGCUGCUUGCUGAGAUGGAUGGGUUUAAACCAAAUGAAGGUGUUAUCAUCAUUGGAGCAACCAACUUCCCAGAGGCUUUGGAUAAUGCCCUGAUCCGCCCAGGGCGUUUUGACAUGCAGGUGACUGUCCCCAAACCAGACGUGAAGGGACGCACAGAGAUCCUCAACUGGUAUUUAAAGAAGAUUAAAGUGGAUCCAGCUAUUGAGGCCAAUAUUAUUGCCCGGGGGACUGUGGGCUUCUCUGGCGCUGACCUGGAAAAUCUGGUCAACCAGGCUGCCCUGAAGGCAGCAGUUGAUGGCAAAGACAUGGUCACCAUGAAGGAGCUGGAGUUUGCGAAAGACAAAAUCCUCAUGGGCCCUGAGAGAAGGAGUGCGGAAAUAGACAAGAAGAACAAGCUCAUCACAGCGUAUCAUGAAUCAGGCCAUGCGAUUGUAGCGUACUACACCAAAGAUGCCAUGCCGAUCAACAAGGCUACCAUCAUGCCCAGAGGCCCCAGCCUGGGACAUGUGUCCAUGCUGCCGGAGAACGAUCGCUGGAGUGAGACUCGCUCUCAGCUACUGGCCCAGAUGGACGUCAGUAUGGGCGGCCGUGUAGCAGAGGAGAUCAUAUUUGGUCAUGAGUAUAUCACAACCGGUGCAUCGAGUGACUUUGAUAGUGCCACAAAGAUCGCUAAGAUGAUGGUGACCAGAUUUGGAAUGUGUGAAAAGUUAGGUGUGAUGACCUAUAUUGACAUGACAUCCCAGAGCCCGGAGACCCAAGCAGCUGUGGAGCAUGAAGUCAGGGUGUUACUGAAGGAGUCCUAUGAGCGUGCCAAAGCCCUGCUGAAGUCUCAUGCCAAAGAGCACAAAAACCUGGCAGACGCUCUGCUCAUGUACGAGACGCUGGAUGCCAAAGAGAUCCAGCUGGUUCUGGAGGGCAAGACCCUGGAGACCAGAUGAAACCAGCGAGGACAGCAGCAAUCACGGGGUAGCAACGUGGGAAGGGGUCAGAUUUUAAGAGCUCAGGGUUCAUGGAGGGACGGAUGGACUCAGUUCACGAGCAGCGAAUCAGAGGAGUAAGAAGCCAAGGCCUGUGUUCACAAAGUCUCUUGACAAGUGCUCAUGUGAGACUGUGUCAUACGUUCAUGCUGUCACCCUUGUGUAAUGUCAUCAAUAUUCCCAGAUGAGUAGUUCUGUCAUAUGAACCUAAAACAGGGAUUUCCACAGUUUAGGGGUUCAUUGUAUGUUACAAAGGUUAAAGGGUUAAAAUGUAAAGGAUGUUGCUCAGGUCACUUUACCAGUUGGUGGGAGGAAAUAAUAGAUGAAUGUACAUGAAAACAGCAUCUGGGUUCGACUCAUUUUAUAAUGUGUCAAAUUUGGUCAAAUUCUGCCUCGCCUGGUCUGUAGAUUCAUAUUCUGUCAAUGGGAAAUGCUGAGCAGCAGUAACCUUUAACCCAAAGAACUACUGUGGAAUCAUGGCAACCAGACUGUAACUAAAUUUCAACCUAUCUAUUGUCAGUUGUCUUCCAGUGUUUGUGUUCAUGUCCGUUAUUGAUCUAGAAUACCUUCAAGGUCAGGCUAUACUCUUUCGCUCGUGCAUUUCUCAAUUUGCCACCUACAACAUCUCAAUGGGGUGCUGAGUCUUUGUGUGUGGGAUAAAUAUACCCCUUAUGUCCCUGUCACUGACUUUGAAAGGUGGCCUUUUGGGAAAUGUACUGUAAGUGUGACUUUUUCCUUUGAAAUAGGAAGUGUAUAAAGUUAAACGUCUCAGCACUUUGAGUAAGUGUACAAGUGUACAAAAUGCACUUGUGCACUCUUCAUGUAAUUUAUUUCAUUUAUGCUGCGUGUACAGAUGGAUCAAAAACUGCUGCUCAGCCUCAUAAAGCAUGCAACAAAUACAAGCUGUGUUAAUGUAGUGAUAGAGCAUUGGAAUUUUUAGGAUUUUAAAGAUGCAAUGUGGGCCUAAUUGAAAUAGUCUGAGUUCAGCUCUCAGCAAAAUAUGAGUUUUUCUUAGAAUUGCAAAUGAGCCGAUUAAAGACUCUUAAUCAUUAGAUUAUUCAAACACACGACAAGGCCAGUUCUGCCAGUUAUUAUCCAUUGCUGUCUCCUUUGUGCUUCUUCAGAGCAGAGAUUUCUGACAUCGAGUGCUAUACCUCUCUGUUUCAUCAUGUUUUGCACAGUGCAGUGAGAGAAAGAUGCCAAAGUUCAGUGUUGCAGGCGCUGCUCUGUGCAUGAAGGAAGUUGAUAUGUAACAAGUCUAACUGUAAAUUGAAACCCUUGAUUCUAAAUAUGACAUUUCUUCAACACAAAAUGUGGGGAGAAACUUGCAGUUGGGCCACUGUUGUAUGUUGAAUGUCUCAAUUUCCAGGUGAAUAGUUACAGCAGCAAGAGUGUGUGACAUCCAUGUUAAAGCCUUUAGGAACACUGGUUUCAUUGAAGCCAUAGCUCUUGUCAAGAUUACCACCAGCAUAUGUUAUACUUCACAGUGUUACCUUUUCUCAGCAGUUGUUUUGUUUUGCUUCAAUUUGACACGCUGUCCCUUCUGUUUAUUGGCCUUUUAUUCAUGUUUAGCUGUAUAUAUGAUUGGGAAUGGGAACAUUGUAUAUAGAUGUAUAGUAAUGCUUUUAUGCUGUGAACACAUUGAAUGGCUCUCUGCUGUUGACUGAUACAAUCUCUCAACAAUGUGAUGGCAAUGGUUAAUGAAUGUUUGUGCAGCUGAAAUAAAUAAAAACAUGCCCAAA